GGAUACAACCAAUAGGAAGAAAACGCAAAAGCCAAGGCCAGGAAAGCAACGAAGGGAAGACGAGAGAGAGAGAGAGCGGGAGAGAGAGAGAAAGAGGUAGAUAGAGAAAGAGGACAGAGAGGAGAAGAAGAUGGCGAUGGUGAUGGUGAUGGAGGUAGCAAUGGUGAUGGUGAUGGUGAUGGCGGUAGCAAUGGUGAUGGCGACGGCAAUGGUGAUGGCGAUGGCGAUAGUGAUGGUGAUGGCGAUAGUGAUUUCUUGUAGUGAUCUUGGUGAUGGUUGAAGUGCUGGUGGCGAUGGUGUUAAUGACGAUGGUACCGUCGGGGGAUGACCCCUCCCAGAUGAUGGAGGUCGUAAUGGCGAUGGUGAUGGUGAUGGUGAUGGUGAUUGAGGUAGUAAUGGUGAUGGAGAUGGAGGUAGUAAUGGUGAUGGCGACGGCGAAGUUGAUGGUGAUGACGUUGGUGAUGGUGAUGGCGAUGAUGAUGGUUAUGAUGGUGAUGAUGAUGAUGGUGAUGGUUGAUGGUGAUGAUUGUGAUGGUGAUGGCAAUGGUGAUCGUUGUAUUGAUGGUGGUGAUGGUGAUGUUUAUAGUGAUGGUGGUGGUUGUAGUGAUGGUGGUGAUGGUGUUAGUGAUGGUGGAACCGUCGGGGGAUGACUCGUCUAGAUGAUCGUGGUCGUAAUGGCGAUGGCGAUGAUGACGUUGAUGGUGAUGGUGAUGGCGAUGGUUGUAGCAAGGGUAGGGAUGCUGUUAGUCAUGGCGUUAGCGAUGGUGGUACCUUCCUCCCCCCCCCCCCGAAUAGAACGUACGGUCAUUGUAGCUGUAUUAGGCGCAACUUUCUGUCUAUAUACAGCGAUAAUUACCGUACGUUCUGUUCCCGGAAUUC